AUGAAAACUCAAGAAGAGUUCUCAAGAAGGCCUCAGCAGUUCUUGGAAGAUUAUGAAGAUAUUGCUGCAUCAGAAGCCCUUAAUAGUGAACAACAAUAUGUCUAUAAUUCAGUUUUGGGAAAGGUUUUUUCAAACAGAGCUGCUACAUUCUUUGUUGAUGGCCCUGGUGGGACAAGGAAGACAUUCAUGUACAAGGCACUUCUCGCCGCAGUAAGAUUAAGAAAAUUAGUGACACUUGCAAUUGCUUCAUCUGGUGUUGCUGCAUCUAUUCUUCAUGGAGAGUUAACAUUCAGUGGAAAAAUUGUCGUUUUUGGUGGAGAGUUUCGCCAGGUUUUACCUGCGGUUCGUAAAGGAACAAGACAAGAACAUGUUGCUCCAGUUUGGUUUCCUGGUGAGCUUAGGCGAUAUUUUAGCUUUGGUGAAGGAAUAGAUGCAUUUGAACAAUUAGUCAUGGAUGAUUUUUUAAAUACUCUAACCCCAAAUGGACUUCCUCCUCAUGAAUUGUUAUUGAAGAUAAAUUGUCCCAUCAUGCUGCUUAGAAACAUUAAUCAUUCAGAAGGACUAUGCAAUGGAACACGCCUAAUUUGUCGAGCUUUUUAUCGAAAUGCCAUUGAUGCAGAAAUCGCAGUUAGGCACCAUAGCGGAAAAAGAGUCUUUAUUCCAAGGAUCCCAUUCUUACCAAAUGUUGAUGAAAAUAGUGGUUUCUCAUUCAAAUGA